AGCUGCUAACGUUACCCUGACUCGAGCGUAAAUUACUUCAUGAUGGCAGCUUCCAAAACGUUAUCAUCCGUUCUGGUCUCGUUUACGAUUCUAAGUUGCCUGAGCCUCUAUGCAAAGGCAACGGAAUAUCAAGAUUGCGGUUCUGCGGGACAGGUUUUGUCAGUGGACCUGACUGGGUGCGACCUCCCGCCAUGCAUUGUCGCGCGGCCGAAUAACUACAGCAUCGGCAUAACCUUCGUCGCCGCCAAGGACGCCCAGUCGUUAGACACGCAGCUGAUGGUGACGGUGAGCAGCUCAGAGCAGGUGCCCUGGCCGGCACCCAGCGCCUGCGGUCUCAUGGGGGACAAGACUUGUCCCAUCACUGAGGGCGAGACCUACGCAUACGUCCUCACCAUGCAAGUCAGGCCCGAGUACCCGCAGAUCGCCGUUCUGGUCGCCACGAGUCUGGUCGACGAGGACGGUGUGGUGCACGCGUGUGUGGAGCUCCCCAUCACCGUCGUGUGAUGAAGCAGCAAUCAACGAAGAAACGACAGGCAAUAUGUUACACCAUAUGCCACAUCAUAUUAUGACAAACGACCAGUCAUAUUAUGAUGAAAGACCAACCAUUUUAUGAUGAGAGACCAACCAUAUUAUACUUAGAAACCAACCGUAUUAUGAUGAGAGACUAACCACUUUAUGAUGAAAGACCAACCAUAUUAUGAUAAGCUACCAACCAUAUUAUAAUAAGAGAUUAACCAUAUUAUGAUGAACGACUAACCAUUUUAUGAUGAACUAACCAUAUUAUGCUGAGAGACCAAUCAUGUAACAGUGCUAAAAUCUCAUCACAAUUAGUCAAACAUUGAGAUGGUACGCAACUAUCUUUUUGUUUCGGCUAAAAAAUUAGUGAAUUCCAAAGUUUUCUCAACAUCAAUUAUUUUAAUAGUACUCAUAGAUGCGUAUAAAACAGAUAUAAUAAUACUAAUCAAAGUUGCCACUUCGAAAAUGAGUUGACUGAUUGAUUAAAAAUAGCUGCAGCUCAAUGUAAUUAGACUGCAAAAAUGCAUUCAAGCAAGAAAUCAUUAGAAGUAAAAAAUUACGAGUGGUAAGGACGUAGAUCGCUAGAAUAUACAAUUAAGGAGAUGAAGAAUUUGCAAUUUAUUGAACCUAGUAAACUAAACCACGUGCGUAAGCUCAGGUAAUAUUUGUACGCUAUCGCUUAAAUGAAUCUUAAUAAUUUUAAGUAAAUAAUUUUGUGA